AUGAAUGAAUUGGGAAUUAAAUGCAUGUUUGGUUUGAGUAUUCAUCAGGAAGAAAAGUACCAAGUAUCACUAGUGGACAGCAGUGGCACAACACUAAUACUCAAUGGCAUUGAAGCCGAUGGAACCGAUAGACGUAUUAAAGUGGAUAACCCAGUUGUUGAGAUGGAUGGUGAUGAGAUGACCAGGGUUAUUUGGGAAAAGAUCAAGGAGAGGGUAGGCACGCAUUUGUCAAUCUUUAAUGGCAUUUAUCUUAAAAAGAAAUAG